AUGUCACUGUUAAAGAUGAUUUUCGAAUUGCUGGCGAUUUACGGAUCGAUUCUGCUUGGGUGCGUUAUAUCAACUACUUGUCUGAUACUCUCGGGGAAAAAUUGGGGUGCACUUCCUCACUACUACUUAAAAUCUGUUGCGUGGAUUCAGACAUUCUAUCCGGACGUCUAUCCGGAUUCCGAUGUGCCAUGGCCAGCUAUUAUCAAAAGGAACACGAAAAAUGCCUUGAAAAAGAGUAAAUCGAGAAGCUCUGUUCAUUUCCCGUUUCUCAUUUCUCCUAGAAGUCAUCUGGAGAUCUCAGUUGACGCAGCACAGUCUGGGAUUGAAGCGAUUGUUCAAGAUAGUUUGAGCACUUCGUUCGAGGGUGCACCCUGCUAUGUCCAAACAUUGCUUAGAUCUUCUGCGCUUUCUUGCUGGUCGAAUUCACAGGCAUCCAUCUUCUAUUCCACGUUUGUUUUCAGAUGGGGUUUCCUCUUUCCGAUUCGUCUGGGCCUUCUGCUUACAUCAUUCGCAUUUCUCAUUGUCGCUGGACUUGUUACUCGCAACAAGAAUGUGAGUGAUGAGGAAAAGACAUGGUUUGGAAUCAUAUACUCCCGGCUCUUUCUCAGCGGAAUGGGCAUUGUUGUCACCUAUGAUAACAUCCAUUUUAGGCCAAAAGAAGCAGGAGUAGCAGUUUCAAACCACAUGAGCCCAAAUGACGUUCAAGCGUUGUUUGCUGGUACGCCACUCGGAUCAUCCUAUGGAUUUAUCGUUACAGGGCAAAAACAUUCGGGAAUUAUAGGCUCGAUUGAGGCUGCAGCAGAUCGUAUUUGUCCAACGAUUUGGGUAGAUAGGAAAAGUGAUGAAGGUCGUCGAGAAUUUUUCGAAGAAAUCAUGAAGAACUGUAAGCAAACGUGUGGAGCCCCGAUUCUUCUGUUUCCUGAGGGCUAUUGCUCCAACAACACCCAAGUGUUGCAAUUCAGAAGAGCGAUUUUCAAAGAAGGAAUAACGAUUUAUCCUAUUGCCAUCAAGUAA